AUGAAUCGUUCUCCAUCUCAAGCUAGCGUUCGUUCGUCCGUUACAUCGCUGACUGGUUCCAAGCGAACUCACCUUCUUGAGGAUCUUGUCAGGAAAUUCAAAAACGAUGAGAGUCAUGUGGCACACUAUGAAAAGCUAUUGCGCUUUCAUAAAUAUCCUUCUACUGACCAUAUGGAUAUUCAACGUCGUCUGCAAGGCAUGGUGAAUAAAUUCUCAUUCGCCGGACUGGACGCAAAGUCAGAAGCUCUAGACGAUCUAGUCAAACAAAUCUGCAAACUCACGAAAUCGUUUGAUGUAUACGAUCUAUUGAGCUUCAUUCUGUCCAUGUCGGAAUCUCCAACUCAUGCUGCAUGGGAUGCUCCAGAUGCAAUAAUCAAACAAGACCCACAUUCGAUUCUUAAAUGGAAGGAUGUAAUUGCAAGUGAACCUCUUGAAGGGUAUCACUGGAGUCGACAGCCACAGUAUGAGAAUGAUGAUGAAGGCUACGAUGAGGGUGUUGUGAUUGAAGAUCAUGUGUCGUAUGUGUCGUAUGAACGAGCUCAGUCAAUGGAAUUGAUCAAAAACUCUGCUGCAACCCUUUGCAGAGUGGAGGUUCUGAAAGAGUUGAAGACUAUUCAGUACUGGAAUCGAAAGCCAGAUAGUGUUUGUGAACAACCCUUUGUAUUCAAGCAGCCUACCACUCUCAGCCCUGCCCUAGCACAUCAUGAACAAACUAGUCUCAACCAUUUUCAUUGUCCACGAGGGAGUCUAAAUUAUGUUUCAGAGAUAGAUCUGAUUCGUGAAAUUCUCUUCAUGUUAUCUGGUACAGAGAGCUUCGUAUUCAAACGACAUACAUCCGCUUCAUACACGGUCCAAUUGGAUGUUAGUCUGACACAUGCAACGCCAGGUGCUGUAUAUCAAAUUCUAUCCAGAUUCGCCGAAGUUGGAUCCAUGAUCUCCCGAAUCAAGGACUUUAAUCGGAAAGUUCAAUUGGAUGUCUCAACCAAUGGACAUUCCAGGACUAUACAGACUUUUGCUGAUGCUGCAACCAACCUUUUGAGGCCAUUCGACUCCAGGAUCGUUGACUUGCAGAGGCAUUAUCAGAGCUAUCUUCGUGACAUGCAAAAUGGAGUACAUGUUGCAUCACUUUUGCGGCUUUGGGAGACGCUCGACAAGGAGUUUCCUCUUAUACAUGAUAUUCAUGGCUUGAUCGAAAGGCUGGACUCUCAAAGCCCUUUCAUCGUUAUUUCUAUGUUGUGUGAUUUGGUUAACGAGUAUCUGCUGGUCAACAGCAGGAACGGUCCAGCCAUAUUGCAACUGCUUGUCGAGACGCUUCGUCCUAUCGUGGAAAACAUUGAGGAAUGGAUGAACGAAGGAACAAUUACAUCGCCUGAGGACUCUCUGAUUGAGAAGUUGACGGAUGCUCAGACCAAGUCUACCAAGUUUUGGUUUGAUGCAUUCUGUGCACGAGAUGUGCCUAUAUCCUUCUUGAGCAUUGUGUCAGAGGAUGCUAUGGUGACUGGGAAGAGCCGAAUAUUGCUGAAUGAGUGUCGAAUGGCAAUCAAGCAUCCCGUCGCGCCCGUACCGUUAUAUGGAGAGUUCGUCUCAGCUUUGGCUCUGGACAUGGGAAUGAUUUUCAAACAAUCACCAACUGUGAAAGACACCAACAACACUGAUUUCCCUAUAUCAGUCAAAUAUCAUCUGGAUGUCGUAGCAACUCAUCCUCCAUUAACCAAAAGUAGUGACACAGAUGCUAGCCCAUUACCUAUAGUGUCAUUUGAAACCGUUAUGAUUAGUGUAUUCAAGAAACUCAUGCAUUCACGCCGGUUAGAAGUUGGAAGGCUAUUGACACAGACCUUACGCAACAAGUUUGGCAUUGAAAAUCAAAUUCGAAUCCUUCCAAGGUGUUGCUUCAUGUUGGAGGGUGAAGCUAUGAGUGCCUUUUGUCUGAGUCUUUAUGAGCAGAUUGAGUCAAAACGUGUGUUGCAUGAUUCGAAUAGUGUCAAUCUCUUCUUUACUUCUGCUAUGACAGAAUAUAGUACCACUCGUGUGGGUCUGAAGAAUAUUAGAGUAUCUCUUCCUGAAAAGUGGACGAUGCUGCCGUUAUCAUUUCUUGCUUUGGAUGAUCUGCAUAUCGACUACAUGCCUCCAUGGCCCACAUCGCUCCUAGUAUCAAAGUCGAUAAUUUCCGUCUAUAACGAAGUAGCACGUUUACUCGUUCAGGCUAGAAUUGUGCAAUUGGGUCUAGAACGGGAUGCAGUUUCUCAAACCAAGCAAAAGUCCCCAUUGACCUCAGUGGUGGAUGGUUAUACAAGGAGUCUGAGGCUGAAAAUGUUGCAGUUUGUGCAAGGCUUGUUGAGCCAUUUUAUUUCCAAUGCGAUAGCUGAGAAUGUCAAGAUUUUUGAUCAGGACAUGUCUAAAGCCGUUGAGCUUGAUGAGAUGAUUCAAAUUCAUGCACGCUUUGUUCAAACUGUGCAUCAUCAAUGUCUGCUUCAUCCUCGGGCACGACCUGUGUUGACACCUAUUCGUCGUAUUCUGGAAUUGAGCUGUGAUUUCCUUCAUCGUGAUCGUAAAAUGGAAUCUGUUGAUGAGUCGCUCCAGUUUUUGACGGAAACGAACAAGGAGGUUGAAGAUUUGAGAAAAUUUAUAGUCAAUGCUCUGAGAUCUAGUCGUGGGCAGCAACUGUUUGAGACUCUUUCGUCGCGACUGGAUUUUUAA